CAACAAUCUGCGUCUCCACUCUCGUGUGUGUUAAUACCAAACUAAUUUUAUCCCAAUUGGUAAAGUUGCUAUCACCGGCUUUCCUGCAAAAGAAAUCAUACGCAACCAAAGCUACCAUCCAUCCCACUGCAUUCCUUCAUAAGCACUCCGCUAUAUACCAAUCAUUAGAGACGAAAAUGAAAGCAUUAGUUGCCUUCAAAUCCAAGCUUUUCAACCCAUGCAGAAAAGUUGUCCGAAUCUUCAGGUUCAAGCUCAAAAGGCCAGUAUUUCUAAGAGCUCUUAGAACCCGUCCUCAGCAUGCCAAAGUCAGAAAAGGUCCUAAAAGAAGUCCUACUUCUGCAUUACUAUCUGUUUUUCGGUCUCUAAGACAGUCCAGGAAGAUGGAUAAACUAGCAGAGCUUCGAAGCUUUUCCGAGGCAGCACACGAUAGGCUGCUCUUCCCCUCACCCCUCACACCAGCUUAUGUGAAGGUUGCAGGUUCCAGUAAAAUGGGAUCCUCCGGUUAUGAUGAUGUGGAAGAUGCAUGCAGGAGUUUUGAGAAUUAUUUAGUUGAGAUGAUUGUUGAAGAAGGGAAAGUGAGCGACUUGAUGGAUGUGGAAGAGCUCCUAUAUUGUUGGAAGAACUUGACAUGCCCUGUCUUUAUUGAUUUGGUUUCUCGAUUCUAUGGCGAGCUAUGCACAGACUUGUUUUCCGCUGAUGAUGACAAUGUUGAUAGUCCCUAGUAACUCUUCAGUUGCACCGCCAAGCCUAGAUUUGAUCAUAUCAGCAAACAGACACAACGUGAACUACAAUAUCAGAAAUAAGAACAAAAGUUAAUAUACCAUUGUGCUUGGAAGAUAUUAUAUCAGGGAGCAACCAUAUAGUCAUGGCAAUGU